CAACUCAAAGAGGAGGCGGGUAUUUUAUUGGAUUUGUUGUCCCUAUAAAGUAACGUUAGGUUAUGUUGUAAUUAAAUAAAAACGUGGAUUGGUAUAAUAUUUAGCGUAGCUGGCUCUUAUAAAUUCGUACUGGUGUGUAUUACUGUUUUUUUUAGUGUGUUUAGGAUUAUUUUGUACCGUUAUUAGGACAUAGAAUCCUCUGCGUGUGUUUACUUUUAGUUUUGCAGUUCUCAUUUUGUUAUUUGAAGAUUAUGCAGAAACCCUGAUCUUUUACAGAUGGAAGAGGUGGAGUGAAAUUUUGUGAGCAAGACAGGCGUACCAUUUAUGACAUUGUCUAUGUUUCUGAAAAGAUGAAAAAAGAUUUCUUCACACAGCUGCAAUAGAAGCAAUGUGUAGCUCUCUUGAAGAAGGCAGUACCCAGUCUUCAGAAUCUGUAGUUUCUUCCCUGCUAGCAAACCAAACGGAACGCAGUUUUACUGAUGCCUCAAUAUGGUACAAAGACGAGCAGUAUAACUCUGCCACAAAGGCACUGGAGGCCUACAUUGAAGAUUUUGAACAGAGCCUUCUAUCUCCUGAUGUAAGCACGGGGAAACUGUACUUGAAGACUGGCCUAGUUAAAUAUGAUGGUCUUUCUAGAUCCCUGGAUCUACUCAAAGGAGGUUCACAAGACACAUUUUCUGCAGAGGAAUUGGAAUUUAUCCAUCAGCCUUUGAGAAAAGGACUUGCCAGUGACCCUGACCUUGUUAGUCUUACAACAGAUGACCUUUUGGCUUUGCCUUCUGAUGGUUCCUUGCCUAUUACUCAUACUUCAACAUUGAAGACCACACCUUGUCAAAACUUUAAUCAUGAUAGAAAAAAGCCUAUCUGUCCUAGGCAAGAAAAAUCAUCAUCUCUUUGUUUGUCUAAGAAAAGCCACAUACAUUUUGUGGAAAAUUCUGCUACAUUAGACAAGAAAAGUCUUAGUAGUUUAUCCCAUAAGGACUUUGGCUUGAAAUAUAGUAUGGAAUUAUAUGGACAUAAAGGCACAUCACCACUUGUUCCUCCAUUUUCUGCAGGAUUAGAAAGUCAUACUUUGAAAUUAAAUAAUGUAAGUAGUUACCCACGAUGGAUUACUAGUCAAAAGUCAGACUUGGAUGUUUCUGGAAUAACAAGCAUUCCAGAUCUUAGUUAUCCAGUAUGGUUAAACGAAGGAGAGUUCCUCUCUGAUUCAGAUGCUUACAAUGGUACAUCUACAUCUCAGAAACAAAAAGAUUGGUGUUCUCAUGUUAAGACUAAUUUUAAGUCUACUUUGUGGGCAGAGGAGUUGGACUCUGAAAUCAGCAGUUCUAGUCAUGAUGAUGAUGUAUUUGGCUCAUCUGAUGAGACCCAGAUGUUAAGUGGUAGGAAGCAUAUUGAAAAUGACAGAUAUUUAAAGUCUGGCCAGUUUUCACGGACAGUUGGUGUUCCUGAGCUAAAAGAAAACUUCUUGCAUAAAGAUUUAAAUGACUUAGAUUUCAAGAAGUCUUUUGAAGAUGACCAAAUUGAAUUGCUUAUCCUAAAGGCUGAAAGAGCUCUGGAGUCUUCAAGUACAGGACUUGCUUAUGGUAUGCUGAACAGUGGUAGCCCACGGACAGAAGAUAUAUUAGAUGGAGACCGAUCAUGGGAAAAAACUGUUGCUCCAUUCAAGUCUCCUGUGCCUGUAUUAAUGUCUGAAGAUGAUCAUUUAAAGACCAAAUCUGAUCUUAGUAAUAAACUACUUCAGGACUGCUCGAAAAGUGAUUGUCAGAAAAGUACUCUUUCUGGUGGGAAUCAUCCUGGCCCUGUUGAAGCACUAAAGCAAAUGCUAUUUAAUUUACAAUUGGUGCAGCAGAAGCUCCAUGUUGGACAAGAGGAUGGAGUGUGCAGAGAACCCGAGAAGCUUUCAGAGGAUAUUUCUGAUGUACGUUUAAACUAUGAAACAGAGCCUGGCAGCAGAUCACUGGAAAGGGCUUUCCACCACUUGGCACGACUUAAAAAACUUGUUGAUGACAGCAGUAUGAAGAAGGACCAAGAAGCUGAAGUAGUAAAACACGAGGAGGAAAGCUAGUGCAUUCAAAUAAUACAAUUAAAAAUAAAUAUAUUAUGCUUUUUAAUUUUGCACUGAAGUGGGAUAUUUUUGUGAAUGUCUUACUUUAAAGUGUUUGCUUUAAAGGAUUAUAGACGGUGUUCAUCUGGAAAAUAUUUGUAAAUAUUUGAAAAGAUUGUUAAACAUAUUUCAGUAAUUUAUUUUAAAAUUAUGUUUAACGUAAUGUGUAUUUACAUAUAUGAAAACCAUAUCAUUACUAUUUCCAUGCAUCUUUGUCAAUGUCAAGUGUGAUAUCACUAAACUAAAAUUAUAUUCAGCACUGAAGUUCACAUAGGUUUGAUGCUGAUAAAGUAGAGAAGGUGCAUUUUGUCUUAUGGCAUGUUGAUGUGCUGCAGUGCUAAAAAGUUGUUUAUGAUCAUAAAUUAAUUUAAAUGUAUGUUUAUUCAGUGUUUCAAAUUAACACCUUAUAGCCAGUUACUUUUUUAAGUAAAAUUUUGCAUUACAUAUAAAGUGUUUAUGAGAGUCUCCUCUGUAGAAGUGUUACAGUUACUGAAAACAUUACAUAUGUGGGUUUGGCAUACUGUAUGUAGCUAUCCAUCUUUCCUCAGACGUUUCUUCACAGUACUAGGUCCACCAGCCCAUAUCAGUGCUCACCUAAUGCAUAGAUGUAAAGUUAUCUUUCUUACAUUGUUUUUUGCCACUAUCACUUAACUGUUCAUGCCAUCUUACAGUAAUUAUUAAAAGUGCCAUGUAUUAGUUGGA